AUGGAUGACAGUGUUUUAAUGGCCCGCAGACCACAUAAAGGGAACAAACACCAUCUCCAGGAGCUGAGGAUUGUCCUCUUGGGGCACGAGUGGCUAGAGAAGAGUUUGACAGGAAACACCAUCCUUGGCCAACAGAUGUUUGACAUCAGCAGAGAUGUGAAGAUGUGUGUUAAAAGACAAGCUAUUCUUGAUGACGGGCGUAAAGUGGUUUUGGUCAGCACCCCUGAAAGGUGGAUCUACUACUCUGUCCAAGACCCCGGCUUGGUAAAAUUAAACAUGGCAGCCUGCAUGGACAUGUGCCCACCAGGACCUCAUGUUUUCCUCAUGGUUAUACCUAUCAGCUCUCACAGAGGUCGGGAAUGGACAGUAGAGGGACCCCUGGAGCUGCUGAAUGGCACCCUGUGGAAGAACACAAUAGUAAUAUUCACUAGGUAUGAGCGACUGAGAGGGGUGUCUGUGGAGAGUUACAUUGCAAAAUAUGAGUUUCUGAAAACCCUUUUGGAGAAAUGUAUGUAUAGAUACCACCUUUUAGAUACAAGCACUUGGGGAGGAGAUGAUCACGCUCAGGUUGCAGAACUUUUGGAUAAGAUUGAUGCAGUGAUUGAAGAAAACAUAAAAGCAGGAGGAGCUGGUUAUUUGACUCAAAAAGACAAAUUCUCCAGGAUAACAGAGACGCAAAGGAAAAAGGUGGAGGAGAGGGCGACUUUAAGGCGAAAGAAUGUGGAAAUGGUCAGAAGAACACUCAGAUUUCUACAGGAAGAGUUUCCUCCAAAUUCAGCGCUUCGAAUUCUGCUCGUGGGACCGAAGCAGGUCGGGAAGAGCUCAGCUGGGAACACUCUUCUUGGUGGUGAGGUCUUUUCUGCUGGACAUCCAACAUCACAGUGCUCUGAAAGGGAGGGCGGUGCUGACAAAAUGCGAACAACUGUUGUUGACACUCCAGGCUGGCAUGGGCGAUACUGCUUUGAGGAUACACCACGGGAAGUACAGCAUCUGAUCACCCACAGUGCAUCCCUGUGUGCUUCCAUCCCUCAUGCCGUCCUGGUGGUCGUACGCGCUGAUGAGACCUUCACUGAAACCGACAGAAUUAGAACGGAAGAACACUUGAGCUUGCUUGGCCUCUGGGUGUGGACUCGAAGCAUCGUGUUGUUCACCUGGGGAGACAAACUGGGAGUCACUCCCAUUGAGGAGCACAUUGAAAGAUGGCCUGCUCUGCAGCAGCUUGUGGACAAAUGUGGAAACAGAUUUCAUGUUUUUGAUAACUCAAACAGGGUCAGAGACAUUCAGGUUAGAGAACUAUUGGAGAAGAUUGAGGAAACAGUGGUGGAGAAUGAUACCAGAUACUUGGUGCAGAGAUUCAUGAAGCUGCAGGAAAGCAACAAAAAGUUGGAUCAAAGCUCCAAAAAGACUGUGAGGCAGCUGAAGAAGGUUAAAGCAGAGAAUGUUCUGAUGAGGAAAAUAGCCGAGGAGAAGGAGAGGAUAGUAGAGGACAUGAUUAAGAUAGCUAAGGAGAAAGAUGGACAGGUUGAGGCUUUGAAGGCAACAAAUGACAACGAGAAGUGGUUAAAGAAAGACAAUGAAGAAAAGAUGAGCAUUUUAAACACCCAAAACACUCAACGCAAGCAGGAUAUUAUGGAAAAAGACCAAAGGAUAAAAGGUCUGAGUGAAAGGAGUGCUGUGAAAGACAAUGUCAUAAAAUCUACAAAACAACUUAGUGAGGAGGACAAAGAAAAGCUAGAGGAAAAGAUGAAGGCGCAAGAGCAAAAGAUUGCAACAUUAAAGCAAAUGUGGGAAAAGAAAGAAAAAGAAAUGGAGCAAAUGAUGAUGGACCACAAACAAGAAGCGAUGGAGCUCAAAGAGAUGAAUGAAGAGCUGAAGAAAGAAAAUGAAGAUACAAAGAAAAUGUUGAAAGCAACUAUUAAUGGGAUGCAGAGGCACUAUAAAGCAACAGAAACUGAUGGGACAAAUAAGAUGAACACUAUGUACUUUAAUAAAGGUGACCACAGGAAAAUUGUGGCAGACCUAAAAUCACUGGAGGAACUUGGCAGAAGACCAAAAUGGGCAUUCACAAUACCCUCAAAUGACCAUCGAGAUGUCAUCAAACACAUUCCAGAAAAAGAACAGAAGAGCCUGGAUGUGGUGGACAGUGGUGCCACUCUUCAACAGAAGAAAGAGUCUGCAAACCCAGCGCAGCGACUUGAGGCAGGCUGGACUUCAUUGUGGCUCAGAGCUGGAGGUGCAGCUGUGGGAGCUGCAGCUGGAGCCUUUGUGGCCUCAUCCAGGGUAGCUACGGGAAUAAAUGCCAGGUCAGCUGGUGGGGCGGCAGCUGGGGCUCUAUUGGGCAGCUUAUUGGUCCAACAAAUUAGAGCCUUGAAGGAACUGAGUCAAUUGACCUGAACUUCCUCUAACACAUGAAGUUGAUAUCCGCUAACUGGCCUCCUAACCCACGAGGUACAACACACACCUGCUCCCCUGGGAAGCCCAACAACACCGGCCAUCACCAGCGCAAACCGCCUCUCAUGGAUGAAUCUCUUUCCCAGCUAAAAGCCUUCAUCAGGAAUUCAGUGGGGAUGUGGAGACCAACACUAGAGGCCAACUUCAAGCCAAUUGCACAAGUCACCAUCAAGUGCGAGAUUUACCAAGGAGAUGCUCUGUCCCCAUUGCUGUUCUGCACAGGCCUGAACCUCAGCCAGAUCGUUAACAAGACUGGCUAUGGAUACCAACUACGGAAUGGAGCAAGCAUCAGCCACCUCCUCUACAUGGAUGACAUCAAUCUGUAUGCCAGGAAUAAACAAGACAUUGAUUUACUGAUCCACACCACUAGGAUCUACAGCAAUGACAAUGGAAUAUCAUUCGGACUGGAGAAGUGCAGUCAGAUGGUAACAAAGAGAGGGAAGGUAGUCAGAACUGAGGGGAUUGCACAACCAGAAGAAAACAUUAUAGACAUUGAAGACAACUACAAGUACCUUUUAAUCCCACAGACAAUCGGGGAUCAUGAAUAGGCUGCUAGGAAAGCUGCACCUGCCAAGGACCUGCAGAGAGUAAGGUAAGUCCUGAAGAGUCCGCUGAAUGGGAAAAAGAUCAGAGCAAUCAACAUCUAGGUCCUGCCAGUCAUCAGGUAUCCAGCUGGGAUAAUAAGCUGGACAAAGGAGGAAAUAGAAGCCACUGAUGUCAAGACAAGAAAGCUCCUUACCAUGCAUGGAGGGUUUCACCCCAAAUCCAGCACCCUGAGACUGUAUGCUAAGUAGAAAGAAGGAGGCCAAGGACUACUGAGUGUCAGAACCAUUGUCCUGGAUGAAACAACAAAGAUCCAUGAGCACAUGGCCACAAAUGAUCAUGUGAU